AUGGAAGAUCAUUUUGUAGUACAUUAUGCAAGUGCUUCAUUUAAAUUUAUCUGUGAUCAUUGUGAUUGCACGUUUACAACAUACGCGCAAAAAAAACAUACCAAUCUUGAUCACUUGAUGGAAAUUGAGUGUGGCAUUUGCCAUGUUGUCUUACCAACUGAAGAAGCUAUGGAUAAACACAAUAAUUCUGUACACCAACCUAAGAAAUAG